UAGUAAAACAUUGAAACAUAUGGUUAACCUCAUUGAAAUGGUUUCUUAAGUAGACUCUAUUUUUGCUCAAUGCCUUUUUAAUUAACUGUACGUUUGUUUAAAUACUUUAGUUUAUUCAUUGUUAUUUCCUGGUUUCACAUCAGUACGGACCAUUUCGAGGUAACCUUAUCUUCAUCAUGUUACAGUGAUUAACCUUGAAUAACAAACUUAUACUUUCACCGGAAAAUGUGCUUCUUGUUUGAAUCUCAAGCUUUAACUCAAUUUAAGAUUCAUCUUUACUGUCAAGUAUCUUCCUAAUCUCAAUGACUUGAAGGUUUACCUUAUUGAUUAAUUAAUUAUCUAUCUAGUCUCAUCGAUUCAACUUUAACAAUCUAUCUCGUUUGCCGUUUGAAUUGUUACCCCGUGACAAAUUUUUAUCAUAUAAUGCCAUAAAAUGAAAUGUUCAUCAACAUCAUUGACAUUUUUAAUAUGGUGUAAUCCUAUUUAGUAACUGCCAAUCAACUUUAUGUUAGCCUAAUGCUGUUGUGCGUCCGUGGCUGGAAAAUUAAACCAACUUUUCCGUUUGUCAGGUGUUUAAAUGACCAAAUGAUGGAUUUCGAGACAAAGUCAAACAACCAAAUGCUUCUCAAUGGGAAUGCGAAAAUUGCCAAUGGACUGACAAAUUCAAAUCAAAGUUACAAGGAAACUUUGUCCAAGCUGAUGGAAUAUGACAGCAACUUUUCUGUUUUGAAAAAGAUUAAUCCUGCUAAUACUAAAGAUGCAAGACAGAAGCUCAAUUUAAUCACUGAACUUUUGAAGCGACUCGAUAUUGAAUUGGAUGAUUUGAACAAUCUCAAUAUUAUUCAUAUUGCUGGAACUAAAGGCAAAGGCUCAACAUGUGCCUACAUUGAAUCCAUUUUAAAUGAGCGAGGAUACAAAACUGGUCUCUAUACAUCACCACACGUGGUAUCGGUUCGAGAAAGAAUUAGAUUAUCUGGACGACCAGUUUCAGUUGAUGUUUUUGUCAAGUAUUUUUGGGAAGUGACUUCUAAACUUGCUGAUGUCGAUAAACCUGGGUACUUCAUGUUUUUAACGAUUCUUUCAUUUUAUAUAUUCUCCAAAGAGAAAGUUGAUGUUGCUAUUGUUGAGGCCGGUAUUGGUGGUGAAUUUGACUGUACAAAUAUUGUUCCAAAACCAGUUGUUACAGGCAUAACAUCACUUGGCAUUGAUCAUACUUCUGUUUUGGGUGAUACUUUGGAAUCUAUCGCAUGGCACAAGGCUGGCAUAAUUAAACCUAAUGUUGUUUGUUUCACAUCUUCUCAGCCUGAACCAGCUAUGCAGGUUAUUCACAAUCGAUCAGUUGAAAAAGACACUGAAGUUAUAAUUUGUCCACGAAUGGAAAACUAUGAAAACCUUACACCGUACAAAAUUAAUUUAGGUAUUGAUGGUCACGUUCAAAGGGUCAAUGCCUCUCUUGCUUUACAAAUAUCUCGAUAUUUUCAUUUGAAGAUGACUUCUGCGGAGAUCAAUCGAAAACAAUUGAUAACAUUGGGUAAAGGAUUCGCUCUGGACAAAGAAGAAGCUUCAGGAUUAGUGAAAACAAAUUGGCCUGGAAGAUGUCAAUUAAUUACCAAAGGAAGAGUUAAUUAUUUCCUAGAUGGAGCGCAUACUGUUGAAAGUUUAGAUAAUUGCUGUAAUUGGUUUAAACAAAAAUCAUACCUUCAAUCAUCGAAUGAAAAAAUAAUCCGCAUUUUGUUCUUUUUUUCGGCCGGUCUCCGCCAAUAUGAACCAUUAAUUCAAAGAGUUGCUCAGGAAUCGUUUGAUGUCGCUAUUUUUCCUUCAAAUUAUAUUGAAAAUAUCGAAAUUUAUCCUGAAAUGAUGCCGGACUCUCGAUUUGAAAUUGAUAAGAUCUCUGAUAGAAUUAACAAAACAAGAGAAAUGUGGCAAGCAAUUCAAAAAGACCUCAACAGAAAUCCUGAUAAUUUUCACCAAUUUUCCAGCUUAAAUAAAGCUUUAAAUUUCCUGGAUUCAAAUGAAUUGAUUGAAAAAUAUGGAGUUCAAGAUGAUUACAAGCUCCAUGUUCUAGUCACUGGCAGUCUACUUUUUGUUGGAAAUGUCUUAGCACUUAUAAAUCCCGAUCCAUCAUGUUGAAGACAUGAAUCAAUGGUUGGACAAUUUUUCAUUGAGACUGUAAAUGUCAUAAUUUAAAUUUCUUUACUCAAUGGCUGUGAUUUUUGUAAAACCCAUCCUAUUUCCCAGAUGAAUUCAUAAUCAAAGAUUUUGUAAAUGAUAGGAAUUUAAAUACAAUCAUGAUUUGGUAGCAAAAUUGAUCUUUGAUCACUAAUGAUUUUUUAGUGAUACUAGAACGUAAACAUGGAACUCCCAAAAGAGUAUACAUCUAGUAUUAGUAGAGUUACAUUUUUUCAAACUUACGCUUUACCAUGGAUCAAAGGAGAAUAUUUUUAUUAUGUAUUUCUAAUAUAAUUUUGUAUUCAAGUAUUGUUGCCUUAGCUGCUAUUACCGAUGAAAAUUCCACUGAAAUUGGACCAAUUCUUACAUCUACUGUCGUUUCGUGUCCAGUUAUUUCUAGCAAGUUGGAUUCAUGUUUCAAUAAAGCCUUCAACUCAUGGACCAUUGAUGAUGACUAUUUAAAGCGCAAUUGCUGUUCAUCUUUUAUGGUGUUUAACUGUUUGAAGCCAAUCGUUAAAGACAAUUGUGAAACUGCCAUUUACCAGCAUUUCCUGAACAGUUCUAAACAUUAUCAAGAUAAUCUUAAAUCUAGUUCAUGUUCUGAUGAAAAAUUUAUCUGGAACUGUGAAAUAACCAUUCCAUUUUAUUGGAUUAUAAUCGUUGGUGUCAUUUUUGUGAUGCUAAUAAUAAUCACUCUCUCUGCUAUUGCCUGCCUUAUUUGUACUAAAAGACGUCGAUGUAAACCAUUAUCAAGAGGUCCUUUUGAAUUGAGAUCGGAUUCAUUUGUAAUCCUGUCCUUUGUGUAGCCAAUCUAAAUUAUAUUCAUUGAGAAUAUCUUUCAAAUGAACUGAAACAAUCAAUAAGUUAAAUAAUAAUUAAUACAUAUCAACAAGAAACUACUCAUUUCAAGCUUCAAAAACACUUUACAAAGUGUGAUCUAAAUUUCAUUCAUAACAAUUUUUUGAUCAUCUUUAUUGAAUUGAUCAAAUAUUCCAGGCAAUUAAACUCUAUUUUAGGAAUUGUAAAAAUGU